AUCUGGGGUUACAUAUCCGUAGUGAUAGUAUGUUGUCAUUAGUGAUAAGGGUAAUCUGUGUUGAUAUGUGGACUGUCCCUUUAAUUGGGGGGAAUGGGAAGUUCAUGAUCCGCUAUACGCAAACACAGCUGAUGCGCCUGCGCUGCACUCAGGAGCAGCAGAGAAGACAAGGGACCGUUUCUGCGAUUUUUUGGGGACAAAAAGAGAUAAAUCACCCUAAACAGACCCGCAGGAAUCAUGGGGAGUGUGUUCCUGCCGGCGGACGCAGCCCACUCUGUGCUGCGGCGGCUGCGCAGGGCAAACUUCUUGCUGGAGGAGAUGAAGCAGGGUGACAUCCAGAGGGAGUGCCGUGAAGAAGUCUGCACCUAUGAGGAGGCCCGUGAGGCUUUUGAGAACGAUGAGAAGACGAGACGGUUCUGGGAGGAAUAUGUGAGGGAGAGCAGUCCAUCUGGAGGGCUGGAGACAGUGGUGGGUGGAGUCCACUCUCUCUACUUGAUAGUGCCAUUGCUGCUGGUUGUGUUCAUCAUCGCCGCCGUUGCCAUCACUGUUUGGCGCUGCCACUCCCGCAAGCGCUCACAGCGCAGCCCCAGCCUGGGACACUCGCAUCACGACCACGUUCUGUCAGUGGUCUCUAUGGACCAUUGGGGGAGGGAUUACCACCAUGGUGACCAAUCAGAACUCAGUGUCCACAGCAGCCCAGCUUAUCCAGGCUCAGAGAUCACAUCAGGGAGAGGAAGUGCUGGAGACCCACCGCCAUCUUAUGAGGAGGCUGUCGGCCAUGCAGAUGUCCAGAUAGAGACGGAGCCACCUCCACAGUACGAGGAUAUAGUCAACACCAGCGCUGCUAGUGUCAAUGGCCCUGGGAAGUAAAGCUGUCCUUCACUACCACCCCAACAAAAGCCCUAACCUACACUAAGACUAUCUUAUCAUCUAGCAAAGCCACUAUUGUGGUUUCACCAGCCUUCCUCAUUCAACACAAACAGAAACACUAAUAAUUGUCUGGUCAAUGGACUAAUGCAAUCUUUGCCAGAGCCAGUGCUGUUGAAAUUUGCACUAACUUUUCAUCAUCGACAUGAAGUGUUGGCAGAAAGGAGCAAAUAAUACUGCAAUACCAAAACCAACCAACACCUCUGCUGAAUUUCCUAAAGUUGCAUCUAUGCUGUCACACUGUAGCAAAUUAUUUAACUGCAGGCAUAACAAAUGUUGCAUGUGGUGUAAAGAAGAAAAGGUUAGGGUUGCCAUAAUGAAGGACAACUAUUCUAAGUGUAUAUAGGGUUUGGACCAAUGCUUUAUUGAAGGUUAGUGCCAAUUUUUAGACUUGAAUGCUUAAUAAUAGAUGUUUUGCUCCUUUUUCUAUGUUUAAAUUUGACUGCUCAAAAGUAAGUACUCACUGUUUCCAUUUACAGUUUUCUAUACUGCAAAACUUUUGUUUUGCAAGAUCAAACAAACAACAGCAUUUAAAACCACAAAAAAAUUCCAGUGAAACUCAGACUUAUUAAAGUUGCAUUCAAUUAUUUUUGACCACCUGGGGGCAGAAGAAUCAAAAACAAAUUCAAAAUCAGGUCUAUCGUUUGUUAUAGCUAGCAUGUUAGAGUAGCAAACUAUUUUUUAAUCAUACACAUAAAAGUCGUUUAUGUCUUUACACCUGCCCAUUUCUGCUGCAUCCAACAUGCUGACUACGAAAACCAACUGCUCAUUUACUCUCUAAUAUAUCCCAGGCCUUAAAAUGCGCCAUUGUUACAAGAUAAUCUGUGUUACUCACCUCAUCUUCAUCAGAGCAACACGAGUUUUAUACAACUGUUCACGCCUAGAUGACUAAUCUAAGUCAAGUACUUUCUUGUUAGCUCUGGUUUAGUUGACCAGUUCAUGACAAAAAUAUCUGGGUCACCAGUCGCUCAUUUACUUCAGCUCUUUGCAGUGUCAUGCUGGGCAGGCAGUGUAUGUCUGGCUUGUCUGAGCUUGUAAACUGGUAAAUCACUGUCCACAGUUGUAUAUUGGGUGGUUAAGGAAGCAUUAUAAUGCAAUAUUAGUGACUCUUCCAAAUUACAGUCAUUAAUUUGAUUCAUUGUUGAUAUCAAAAAUACCAUUUAAUGUAGGUUUAAACAAUCAAGUUGUCAAACUAAUGCAUUGGCCCAACUUCAGUAUACACUUGUGAAUGUUUUUGAGCUCAAGGUAAAGGCCAUCAGUUUUAAAGGGUGUGCUGAAAAAAAUUUUGUGGAUGUGUGUCAUAUGUGCUUACAUUUUGGUAAUGCAUGCAGCUUGGUCUGUACACUUGAGGUUGGAUCUGGUUCUGCACCGUUUGUCAAUGGUCAGUGCUCGCUAGUCCAUGCUUAUGUUUGGGCCGCUGACAGUUGCUCAGAGCCUGCUUUAACUGUGAAAAUCUUUCCCCUAAAGCAAAUGUAACUGAGUUGAAUAUUGCUACAAAGUCUUCUGCUGUGCUAGUUUCACUAAAAGUACACAGAGGAUACUUCAAAUAGGUUUGCAGCACAGUAAAUGUAAGUUUUGGAGUGACUUGCACAGGAAUGUGGGACAGAAAGCAAUAGAGACAGAGGCUUUUGGGAAAAGAGUUAUCAGAGGGGAAAGGCUCUGUAUUUAAUUUCAUUAUGGACAGAGUCCAUGUUUAGCAUGUCUGAUGUACCUGUAUAUAAAUAUGUAUAGCCUGUGUGUGAAAGUAAGUUACAGUGAGAUUGUUUUUACUGCAUAGGAAUGCAGUGAACACAUUGAUACUAAUGUGAUGAUUAUACACCAGUCUGUGAAUAAAAGAAGGCACUUUGUGUGUAAGCUCAAAAUGAGCUGUUAAAUGGAAACUAGGACAGAGUGGUUUGAUAUCUUCAGUGUGACUCUCAGCAAUAACGAUGUCACUGUAAUCUGAAAAAGUGCUCAUAAUCUAUAUGCAAUGUUGCUGCGUACACUCUAAAAACCAAAUAUGUCUAAUUUUCACUUGAUACUGAUAAAUGUUACACAUUUCCUAUCUACACCUCACAGACUUUGAGCACUGACUCUUAUUGUUAUUGUACUUUGUACUGAGUUGACCUUUGAACCUCAGCACUUGCUAUGACCUUGAACUGAGUUGUGCUGGUAGGGGUAGCCAUUUUGGUAAGGUCAGUUGUACUAUUACUUACAGAGCCCUGUUUUUACAAUGCCUUAUCAAACAAACAAAAUGUUAUAAAUCCUUGAUAUGUGCAAAAGCUUGAAUUAAUUUGUAAUAAAACAUUUUAAAAUA